UCUUACUUAUAAUUUUUUUAGGCCCCUUCGUUCCUUCGUGUGUUGAUGUCGCUUUGGGGUACGAAAAAUCCGGAGUAUUCUUUCGAUUAUAUUAUCCCACAAAUAUAAAGGAUAACGAUGAAAUUAACCACAAAAAAUGGAUACCUUUCUUCCCCGAUGACAAUUACAUCAUAGGGGAAGCAAAAGUUGUUAUGUUAUCCCCAAAAAUCAUCAAUUUCUUUUAUUGGAAAGGAGGUUCAAUGAAGAUCCCAAUGUUGUACGGAGAAUCCCCUAAAACAGAUAAAAAACUUAAAAUAAUCAUUUUUUCGCAUGGAUUGGGUGCUUAUCGCAGUUUAUAUAGCACGAUAUUAGGCGAUUUAGCCUCGAGAGGUUAUAUUGUAGCCUCACUUGAGCACAGAGAUGAAUCUUCAUGUUACACAUAUUAUUAUAACUCAAAAGAGGACGCUGAAAAUGAUCGCAGAACAGCAAUUUCAUACAAAUUAAUCAAAUUGGGGCAAGGCCACUUAGAAUCGCGAACAAAACAAGUUCAAUACCGCGCAGAAGAAUGCAGCAAAGUUUUAGACUUUCUAAUCAACUUAAAUAACGGUUUAGUACCUUACAACGUAAUGAGUGAUACCCGAAAUAAUCACCAAAUUGAUUUCAAAUUAGAAGAUUUAGUCGGAAAAUUAGAUGUUGAAUCAAUAACUAUGUGUGGGCAUUCUUUUGGUGGAGCUACGGCUCUUUUAACGAUGUCGAAAAGAUCCGAAUUAAAGCAAGGAAUAAUUUUAGAUCCUUGGAUGUUCCCGAUUAAAAAUGAAGAAAUUUACAACAAUUUUAAUCAAAAAUUGUUAUUUAUUAACACCCAAACUUUUCACAUCAAAUCGAACGUCGAUUCCAUGGAAAAAUAUCUUGGGGAGAACGCAAAAAUGUAUACGAUAUUGCGGACAACUCAUGAGAAUCAUGGCGAUACUUUAUUUUGGAGUGGUUAUUGGCUGAAUUGGUUUAUGAAGAAAAUCAAUCCAAUUACCGCUUUGUACAUUAAUAAUUCGUUGAUGUUACGAUUUUUGAAAGAAACUACAAGGAAUGAUUGUGAUAUUAAAGAUUGCGAGGAGCUUUUAAAUCGGGAAAGUAAUAAAUAUGUUGAAGGUUUGACUAAAGCUUGGGCUUAAUUAUUUUAAUAAAAACGUUUUGUUACUUAAAAAUAAAUUGGUAUAAAAUAUAUUAUGAAAAAAGUU